AUGAGUAAAAAGCCUCCAAAUCGUCCUGGAAUCACAUUUGAGAUUGGUGCUCGUUUGGAGGCACUGGACUAUUUACAAAAAUGGUAUCCAUCUCGUAUUGAGAAGAUUGAUUAUGAAGAGGGGAAGAUGUUGGUUCAUUUUGAACGUUGGAGUCAUCGCUACGAUGAGUGGAUUUACUGGGACAGCAACAGGUUGCGACCCUUGGAGCGACCGGCGUUAAGGAAAGAGGGGCUGAAAGACGAUGAAGAAUUUGUUGAUUUUAAACCUGGAGAAGAAGUCCUAGCUCGUUGGACAGACUGUCGCUAUUACCCUGCAAAGAUUGAAGCCAUUAAUAAAGAGGGUACGUAUUUAUGUGUGGUCCAUUGCUACGAACUGUUU